AUGACCACGAUGGACGAUCCUAUAUCGAUACCCACACUCGACUCGGUACUCUCACAGCUACCCAUUGAUCCAUCAUUGCUAGACGACAGCACACCUUGUGUACCAUCGGCAUCAGGCUCGAUCUCACGAGAAUCUUCCCCAUUGUCACCCACACCAGGGCCAUCCAGUGCGUCGGGAACUCGAUCGACCCCUUCUACAUCCAUCGCAGCGAACGCAAUUCAGAAGACAUCUAAGAGGAAGAGGAAUAGCACUGAAGAAAGGGAGAAUGAUGAUGAGGUUAUAGCCAAAAAGAAGAAAGGCAGGAAACCGUUGUUGGCCAAGAGAGUAGAAUGGAGUGAUAUACCUGAUUGGACAGGAAGGAAGGAUUGCCCACUUCUGGAGCUGCCUAGAGAGAUUUUGGAUCUGUGUUUUGGAUUGGCUGUUGAUGUUGGUUUGUCUAUGAGAGACUAUGUAUCCUUUGCUGGUGUCUGCAGACUAUUCCGACAUCGUAUGACUGAUACGGUCUUCAGAGAGCUGUACUGCGCUGCCGAAGGUAAUGGUCGUAUUCUCAAACCCUCAACUACCCAUUCUCAUCGUAUCUUCACCAGCACCUCCUCACCGGAAUGGCAGUAUCCCAAGAAAGAGCGAUUCGCUUAUCCCUUGAAGGCCGAUCACUAUAAGCCCAGAGGACCUAGAUCACAUUGGACGGAAGCGCAGUAUACAGUUUACAAAGAAGAACAGUAUUUCUGGAGAUCGAAGCAUCGGCUUGACAAAGCUGCUCAAGAGAAACGAGAUCAGGAUUAUAAACGAAGGAUGCGCGGGAGAGUUGAAGGUGAGGAGAGGGAGCAAACUUCCGUUCAGCUCGGAGGAAUGAAUAGAAGGAUUAUCGGCAGAGUCAGAGGAAGAGAAAAUGGCGAACCCCCUGUAUGGAAGGAUGAUAAUGGUAAACCCGACGAAGAAUAUUAUCUGGAAAUCAACAAGAAAGACGACGAUUCAUUGACUACAAAGGAACAGAAGUCAUUAUAUACGAUGCCUACCGAGGUUCCUGAAUCUUUCAGCAAACGAUUGAAGAAGAAGAUCAAGGAUGUCAGAAGGAAAACAAGAGGUGGCGUGUGGAAGACACCGGUAGAGUCUGAUGAUGAUCAUGAAGAAGAUUAUGACGUUCCGCAAUUCACUUCUGAAGAUACUUCGAAAAUCAUGUGGGCUAGUGAAUACAGGAAGAAAGCUGUACAAGCGGCUCACUCCAAACAUAUUGGUAAAUCCGAAGCAAUCAGAGAGUUCAAGAUCACCGAUGCUGAACUGUUGUGCUUGAAACAUAUGUUGGUGCCCAAUUCCAUGAUUAAGAAAAGCCCCCAGCAAAUAUUCUGGUACUCGGCCGUCGAAGCUUUAGCCUAUCGCUCGCAUGGAGGUCCAAUCGGACACCGAUUACAUGUUCAACGAUGGCACACUAUGAAUGAGAAGAACAUCAGUACUCGAAGAAAGAAUAAGGAGAAAGCUCUUGAAGCUGGAACUUUCAUACAGAGAAAAAGGAAACAUCGAUUGUUACCUUCGGAAUGGCAUCGGGCUGUAAAAGAGGAGUCAGUUGCGUCUACAGCUACAGGUAGUUCGGGCAAAGGCAAAGGGAGAGCAGAUGAGGAAGAGGAUGCAGAUGAAGGCGACGAUGACAAUGACAAUGAAAAGGAGAGUGUAGGCGCGGAUGGAAAUGAGGAUGCGCACAAAGAUUACCAUGCAGAUGGACCGGCAAGUGAAAGUGAAGGUGACAAUGAAGAUCUUGAUAUGGAUGGAAACGAUGAAGACAAAGAUGCGAAAGCAGAUGAAAGAAAAGGUGAAGAAGCUGAAAAGGAUGACGAUGAAGACGGAAAAGAUGAAAAGGAGAAUGGUCAAUGGUGUAAAGCAGGAUGCAAAUGUUGGAAAGACCCUUUCCCCAGAUGUAGCUCUUGGAGGAACGCUUCGCAUGAAAUGGGCGGAAAUGAGAAUGAUGAUGAGGAAGAGGAUGAUGAUUAG